CGGGAGAGUUUACCUGCUUAACUUGACACGACCUUGUUUUUUAUCCAAAAAGAGUCGGACGUUUCUUCUUUCAGCGACGUAAAACUAGCUUGUUUUUCCUCAGAAGCAUGACAGAGCCACAGAGAAAAGGAGAGGUGCUGCCAGAAGAUGUUGGCACCGACGACUGCCUGACUUCGUACACACACAUCUACAGUCCAGAUUUGCUAAAAGAUCAGGUUGCAUUCAUCACAGGUGGUGGAUCUGGAAUAGGAUUCAGGAUAGCUGAAAUCUUCAUGAGGCAUGGCUGUGACACAGUGAUUGCGAGCAGGAACUUGGAAAAGCUCAAAGAGGCGGCUAAAAAGCUGUCUGCAGCGUCAGGACGCCGCUGCAUUCCUUUGUGUAUAGAUGUGAGGCAGCCUGAUAGCAUUGCAGCUGCUGUGGAUGAAACGCUGAAAGAGCUGGGCCGCAUAGACAUCCUCAUUAACAAUGCUGCUGGAAACUUCCUCUGCCCUGCUACCGCGCUCUCCUUCAAUGCCUUCAAGACAGUAAUGGAGAUAGACACUAUGGGUACAUUCAACACCAGCAAGGUGGUUUAUGAGAAGUGGUUCCAGGAUCAUGGUGGAAACAUAGUAAACAUCUCUGCAACACUUGGAUACAAGGGACAGGCCCUCCAGGUGCAUGCUGGCUCUGCUAAGGCUGCAAAUGAUGCAAUGACCAAGCACCUGGCUGUGGAGUGGGGGCCAAGUGGGGUGAGGGUCAAUACUGUGGCUCCAGGUCCGGUCUCUGGCACAGAGGGCUUCCGCAGACUGGGUGGUCCCAGAGGGGAGGCUGCUGGUGCGUUCCAGUCUAUUCCUUUGCAGCGAGCAGGCAACAAGACAGAAAUGGCCCACUGCACUCUUUUCCUGGCCAGCCGGGUCUCUUCCUAUGUGACCGGAGCCAUCCUGGUGGCGGAUGGCGGAUCGUGGCUGACCUCAGCCAAUGACGUCUCCAUGCUGUUGGGUAUAGCCUCCUCUAAAUCCGCUAAACUCUGAACAGAGGCUCUUCUGUCCUCCUCCUGACCCAGGUUAUUGGUCAACUGAAAAGAAAAGAGACAAGUAAAUGCCGAAAACAAAAGCGUAAUUUAGGUGCCACCUGUAGUACUGAUAUGCUACAUGUACAAUAUUUGUGAUUAAUCUCACCUACUGUUGCCUUAAGAGUGUAUUGCUAAGUGGCUGGAGGAGUUCAACACUAACAUACUUUACUGACUGAAUGUAUGUGUUUGCAGUCCUAGAAAUAUAUCAAAUUAUGUAACAAUUCAGGGAUUGUCUACCAAUUACAGUGCUGUGCAUCAUGUGUGUCAUGUAUAAUGUUUAUCGCAUGCCAUUUAAUGUAAUUUUUUAGUAUCUGGUUUAUUAAUAAAAAUGUAUAAUUAC